AUGGCUUAUUUCCCAGAGCUUCGCGCAUUCAUGAAAAAUGUCUACCACAACUCGACCGCUCAGCGAUUAGCUCAAGAUAUGAUGGCCGUUGGUAAAGCGACCAGCACCAACGGAUCAUCAUAUCGGAUUGUAACCGUUUCGAGCUUGAGAGAUCUUCUUCCUGAUCGAUCGAUCACCGAUCGGCUGGUACAAAAGUAUCUCAGUACCUUUGAGACGACGUACAGGAUCUUGCACAUACCAACAUUCCAGAAUGCAUACGAGCGAUAUUGGGACGUUGAUAAGCCCGGUUCUACAGAAAUGGAUGCUGUCGUACUCUCAAUAUUAGCGUGUACGAUCUGUAUUUGUACCAAUGGAAGCCCACAGUAUAGUCGCAACGGCUCAACGCUGCACACGCAGGCGGUCUUGUGGAUGAAAGCUUGCGAAGCUUGGCUCAGGCGACAGAGCAGCAAGCACCGAACACUUGCCUCACUCCAGGUGAGAUGCUUGCGUUUGCUGGCCCUUGCAGCAACCUCACACAAGGCGAAAGAUUACUAUCAUGAGGUACAAGCACAUAUGGGUAUUAUGAUCUCCUGUGGAAUGCACAGGGAUCCAGUUCACUUUGGUGACCGCUGCUCUACAUUCGAAGGAGAAAUGCGGCGAAGGCUAUGGGCAACAUCUGUGGAGAUAGAACUACAAGCAUCCAUAGACAAAGGUACUCCGUCAAUGGUUUCCAGACUCGAAGCGGAUUGUGCAGCACCUGGUAAUUUUAAUGAUGUGCAACUUUCUCCUAGCCUGGAGGAGCUUCCGCCAUCAGAACCGGUGGAGGUAUUUACCGACACGUCCUUCCUCUUCAUCUCCACGAGAUCGCUUAAUUUCCGCUCGAGUCUAUGUGCUCUAACGAAUAGCUUGCAGUCAAGGCUCGACUUCCAGGAUACCCUGUCACAUGCAAACACUAUCGAAGAUUAUAUACAGAGUAUCCCCAACUGGAUUGAUCCGGGAUCUCUCCAGGCGCGCACACUUCUCGACCUCCAGCUUCGACAGCUGUUAGUGAUCUUAUACGCAGCGAAAACUGCUGAUGUAGGAGCCACACUCAACACGGAGCGUCGAUACUCGAUAAUUGCACUGAUGGGGGCCGCAGCUGCAACAACUGCUUUGCACACGGCUCUGACGGCAUCUUCUAACCUCGCACUAUGUUGCACCCGCAGCGACUACUAUAGAGCCGCGCUACUGGUUUGCCAUGUCGCUUGCCAUGCGAAUAAAGUCAACGAUACCAUGGUAGCGCAGGCUGCCAAGAGCACACUGGAUAGUUGUGCACAACAAGCACUUCGCCUCCAAGAAGAGAGAGUAAUGCUGGUAGGUCGUGGAAGCCAGCAGCAUUGGGUACUAAGUGCUGCAGUUGGAUUGGCCAGUGUGCAGUUUGAACCAUCACAUUCUGACGCGGUCAAGCUUCAGGCGAUAGAUCGCGUAUCACGCUUGCUGUACAGGAUGCUUUCUCGAAAGGAUAUUGGUGAAGAGCCUCCAGCCAAUGAGGUUCUACUUCAAGAUGCGCCACGCAUAGCCAAACAGAUCAAUAGUCACCCCGGCUAUUCCGCUGCAGCACUAUCAACAGAUUCUUUCGCUGACGUUGGGCUGCGCAUUGAUGCCUUCGACUUCGGCGAGACAUCAGAGUGGAUGCUGGAUGACUUCUGGUUCCUCAACGAGCCGUUUGGAAGCGAAUGUCAGGCUAACCAUUUGAUUUGA